AUGUGGGGAGGAGAAUUCUGGAGGGAAAACAACAAAAUGGAGAGAGGGAGUUUACUCUGGACAUGGACUUUCGCCGUUUUAUUCCUCAUUUUUACUCUCAAUUUCCUCAGGUUUAGAUUCCGAUUUGUAUAUAUCUAUUUCAGAAAUCAAAACCCUGCUCAUUCGGAUCCCAUGAUCAAUUGUGUCGCCGAUUCUACCUCCAGUCCCCUUUCUGAACAUCGAAUUUCUGGAAUUAUAUCUGAUUUAGAUUUGAAGAAUCUGAUAGACAACCUAGAUGAGAAGUUCCAUGAAACUAUUAUAUGGGAAAAUGUCAUUGACAAAAGUAACAAUCGUUUUUCGUAUAAGGCCAAGUGUUGCAAACAAAAAGAUUGGCCUUUGAAGUAUUUGAGUGUCACAACAUUUGAAAAUUGCUCAAUUGAGGUGCUGAUGAAGUAUUAUAUGGACAAUGAUUACAGGAAACUAUGGGACAAGACUGUGGUUGAGCACGAGCAGUUGCAGGUGGACCAAGCUAGUGGGACUGAAAUUGGUCGCACCAUUAAAAAGUUCCCGUUGUUGACACCACGGGAGUAUGUAUUGGCUUGGAGAGUCUGGCAAGGCAAAGAUGGAUCCUUCUACUGCUUCAGUAAGGAAUCUGAACAUCCUUUGGCUCCAAGACAGAAAAGGUAUAUAAGGGUCACACUCUUCAGAUCUGGCUGGAGAAUCAGGAACGUUCCUGGUAGAAAUGCAUGUGAGAUCAAAAUGGUGCACCAAGAAGAUGCUGGUCUGAAUGUGGAAAUGGCAAAGCUAGCUUUUGCAAAGGGCAUAUGGAGUUAUGUGUCCAAAAUGGACGAUGCACUACGCAAAUACUCAACAACUAAUCGGCUUCAACUAAAUUCAGCUGUGGGUGCCAUUACUUCAAUUCGAAAGGUCCCACCUGAAUUUGAAACCCUAGACGGGUCAACCAGCACAGUUAAUCCUGAAGACUCAACAAGUGCCAUUAGCUCCUUGGGGACUCUUGAAUGCAAUGCGAAGAGACUCUCAAUAAUGCCUUCCAAUAAAUUGAUAAGAAAUGGUUUGAUUGUUGUUGGGGGUGCAUUAUGCUUGUCUAGAGGUCAUUCCAGUUUGGGCGCUAAGGUUGCCAUGGCCUACAUAUUGAGCAAGCUUAGAAAGCAUGCUUCAUCUAAUCAAAACAUGCAAAGUUCAAUAAGGCUGUAG